AAAAAUAUUGGUUUGUCAACUUGUUCUUGAAAGUUAUUUCGAAAAGUGUUAGAUAAUGCCUAAAAAAAGAUAUAAUAGGUAUAAUGAACAAUCGCAGCUGAUGAUAUUAAAUAUAUUGGCUUUUUUUUUAACUGGAAAAGGAACAAGUCCGAAACGGAAUUGCACUUCAAAUUGAGAAUGUGAUACAGCGAGCCGCAGAUGCAACAAAAUUGAGCACAACAACGAUCGCAAAUAUAAAGAAGAAUGGGAUAAAAUCAGAUCAGGAUUACGCAGCCCGUAUAUCUUCCAAACAAAAGACAGCAUAAACCAAAAUUACAACAUAUUUGAAACAUAGAAUUCGGGACACAAUUUAUUCUAUGUACGCCAGAAAAGAAUAUGUAAUAUUGGCAACAAUAAGAGAAAAGUUCAGGGAAGAAAUUGAAUAUUUUGAGUUUUUCAUUGACUCCUUAAGAAGAUGGAUCAAUAGUAUAGGCUUCAAGUGGAAAAAACCAAAUAACAGAAAAUAUUUGAUGGACUUAUAUUGGCCAAAUAUUGUUCAUAAAAGAAUCAAUUUUUUAAGGGAGUAUAUCAAAAAUAGAAAUGUAGGUCCGGAAGGUUUUACUCCAGUUUUCAUUGACGAGACGUGGAUUUUUAGCAAGGGAUCAUUUCGUAGUAGCUGGCAAGAUGACACCAAGCACACGGAUUCAAGGAAAAACAGUGAAGGUCAUCGUUAUAUCGUCGUCCACGCCGGAACCAAAGAUGGCUUCAUCAAGGGUGCAAAUUUAAUUUUCAAGAGUGGAUUAAAGACGGGAGAUUAUCAUGACAAUAUGAACAGGAAAAACUUCGAAAACUGGUUUAAAACUCAGCUGGUUCCAAAUCUUCCCCCAAAGUCAUUUAUAAUCAUGGACAAUGCAAGUUACCAUUCUGGUUUAUUAGAAGAAAUCCCGAGAAAAUCUUGGACAAAGCAGAGACUGACCGAAUGGUUGAAGAAAAAGAAAAUUGACUUGCCAGAAAAAGCCAUGAAAGAUAAAAUAUGGAGUAUUGCACGCAGAAACUGCCCUAGUGAAAAAAAGUACUUCCUUGAUGAAUAUGUUAAACCUUUAGGACACAAAAUUUUGCGACUGCCACCAUAUCAUUGCCAGUUUAAUGCAAUUGAAAUGGUAUGGUCGGAAUGUAAACGAAAAUAUGAUCAAUAUAUUUUCAAUUUUAAGGGGUCACCUUCAGAAGUUCUGACUACAUGGGAAAGGGUAAUAAACGAAAUUUCUAUAGAUCAUUGGCAAAAUGAUCAUAUGUUUUUCAUACAGAAAAGGUAAUUGAAAAGGCUUGGGAGGCAAUACAAGUGUGUGAUGCCUAUGACAUUCUGCCACUUGUGAUUACGACUGACGAAGACGAUGAUGACGAAGACAAUAUCUCUGAUUUCAGUUCUGACUCUGACAAUACUGACGAGAUUGAUUAAGCUUUUUUUGUUCUAGCAAAUUUUAUUUUAUGAUCGUCGUUUAAGUAUUCAAUCAUAUCGUUGCAAUUUCAUUAACUUGGUAAUUCAAUAUGGCGUGUUUUUUUUGAGUUUGUAUGUUUUAUUUUUUGGAAUGGUAUUUUCAUUUUAAUGUGUUAACAUAUUCCUUCAAGCAGCUUUUUUUUUCAUGAACAAGUAAAUUAAAUUGUCAGUAUUUAAAUUUUUCCCAGUGAGUUAAAAUAAUUUUAUACCAUUAUUCACAAUUUUUGUAAGUAAUCACAUGGUUUUGUUACGCCUACUGCUCGUGCCGAAUUCUACUUUUCAAAUAUGUUGUAGAUUUGGUUUUUGCGGUCUUUUGCUUGGAAAAUAUAUGAGCAGCGUAAUCCUGAUCUGAUUUUAUCCCAUUUUUCUUUAUAUUUGCGAUCGUUGUUGUGCACAAUUUUGUUGCAUCUGCGGCUCGCUCUAUCACAUUCUCAAUUUGAAGUGCAAUUCCGUUUCGGACUUGUUGUUUAUGUCCCAUUAUUUAUGAUUAAUUAUAAUAAUAUUUGUUAAUUGUUAAGUUUGUUAAUAAUACAAUAAAUACUACAAGAUUUUUUAAAAUUUUUUGGGAAUGAAAGUAUAUACACGAAUAUAAGAAUUUAAUAAUAUGCUGCUAAAAUAAAUCAUUUGUUAAUUUCUGAACGUAUAUAAAUACAUCAGACUAUUAAUUUCUGAAGGCGAUGGUAAAGUUUCUAACCUAAUAUUGCUUGGCAAAAAUAUCUACUCCAUACGUUUUUUCUCACCUGGUUGACGUAACUACAAAUGGGUAUAAUUUCGACUUUAUAUCCAAUUCCCUGGUGACUUUAAAAACAAAUCUGGCCGCCGCUUGGGAGAGUGUUUAGUGGGAACAAUUUGAAUUUAUUUUCUCAAUCCAUUUCGUCUGUUAACUGGAAUGCAAUUCGGGCUGCUCCACAACCAUUUUCUUCCUUUUAUUAUACAUUACGUGAUAAAAUAAAUAUCUUGUUUCCCUUGGUUAGACUUAAAUUCAAGAGACGAAAACCAUGGAUCACCGCGGAACUAAAAACAUCUGCCCAAAAUUUGCGAUGCUUAGCAAGACUUCGCAAAUCUAUUGACAAUCAAUUCAUCAGGUCUUAUUUUCAGGAUUAUUGGAAAUUUAUAGGCAUCUGAUAAAAGUCAGAAAGGAACUGUAUUACAAUGAACGCUUAGAUUCGUCCGGUAACAGACAGAAGGAAAGUUGGUUAAUCAUUAACGAAUGUAGGCAGUCUUCUCGUCGGCGGUUGGUUGAAUCGGAUUUGGGGCCCGAUGAUUUCAAUGACUAUUUUUCUAAUAUUGCUGAGAAGUUACUGGAAGCAGUUCCCAGUGACGGUGAUCCAUUGCAGUAUCUUAAUCGGAAUGCUAUCAACCAAUCAUUCUUUUUCCACCCUGUAGAUGCCACCGAGGUCCUUGAAACAAUUCAGUGCUUGAAGAAUCAUAGGUCUUCGGGUUCCAAUGGUAUCUCUUCACGUCUGCCUGCGAGCGCUUUAGGUGCUUUGGUUUGGGCAAUCAAUCAGUCAUUUCUUCAGGGCGAGUUCCCAUCCUGUUUAAAGGAAGCUAUGAUUAUUCCUCUUCAUAAGGGUGGUAGCUUGGACCGACCCUCUAACUUCCGUCCCAUAUCAAUUUUGUCUACCCUCUCCAAGGUUCUUGAGCGGCUUGCAAAAAAGAGAAUUGUCUCUUUUUUGACCAAAUACAAUGUGCUGUCCCCUAAUCAGUAUGGAUUUCAGUCAUCUAAGGGCACGCAGGAUGCCAUUUUCAGAUUCUUGGAGAGUGUGUAUCUAUCUAUGAACUCCAAGGAGGCUGCAGCAGCGGUGUUCUGUGAUCUGUCCAAGGCCUUCGAUUGUGUGGAUCAUGGGAUACUGCUGUCAAAGCUUGAUUUUUAUGGAUUUAGGGGAGUGGCUUUGGGGUGGUUGAAGUCAUAUCUGUCUGGCCGCACCCAGAGGGUGGUUGCAUCUGGAUUUUCGUCAGGGAUAGCACAUCUUAAAUGUGGUGUACCUCAGGGGUCAGUGUUGGGUCCUAUUUUAUUUUUGUUAUACGUUAAUGACUUAAGCUCUCUAUCACUGCAUGGACAAGUGGUUCAGUUUGCCGAUGAUACUACAAUUCUGUAGCAUAACAAAGAUAAAAAAGUAGUCAGAUCUCUCAGAGUAGAGGACCUUUACUAAAUUAAAGAGUGGUGCAUCUGCAAUCAGCUUGUAUUCAAUGUUGAUAAGACUUUUGUUCUGGGCUUUAAGUGUAAUGUAGAGGGUUUUUUGUUUGAUGAGCAGAGCCCACUACAUGGUAGGGAUUAUUGUCGAUUUCUCGGCCUCUUCAUUGAUGAGAGUUUAAGGUUUGACGACCACGUUUUGGGCCUCGCUGCUAAACUUUCUUCUGGUUGUUUUGUAGUCAGGGUUGCCAGGCAUGAGUUGGGGAGGUUGUUUGCUCGUUCAGUUUAUUUCGCCUUAAUAGACUCUCAUAUCCGUUAUGGGUUGCCAUUUUGGGGUUUGUGCUCCAAGGGACUCCUUAACAUAAUUUUUACUAUUCAGAAAAAAACAUUAAGGUAUCUGUGUGGUGUUGGUCUGAGAGUCUCUUUUUGUAGCUGAAAGAAUUUUAACAGUUUUCUCACUCUUUAUAUUGGAAACUGCAACACUCAUACAUAAGUCCGUAAGUCCACCAUCCUGCACCAGUCAUAAUACUCGUCAAGUGGGCAACUUAUCUCUUCCAAUCACCACCUCCUCACUUACGAGAAACUCUUAUAUUUAUUAGUCGUAAAAUAUUUAAUCAUGUUCCUUUUUCGAUUAGGACUGUUACAGACCUUAAAAAGUUUAGGAGAGGACUAAAGAAAUUAAUCUUACCAAAAGCUUAUUACAGCAUUGAAGAGUAUUUUAAUUUUAUUUUUAUUUUAUUAUUUUUUUUAUUAUUCUUGUUUUAUGUUGGUUCUCGCCUUUUCUUUUCUUCUUUUUUGGUUUUUUCUUUGUUUAUAUAAAAUAUGCUUCUAUGUACAAUCAAAAUCGAUUCUGUAUUCUGUUUUUGUCCUGUAUCCUGUAUAACCAAAUAAAUACUUGUUAAAUUAUAAACUCUAGGAUUAGGAAGCUUUUAGCACAAGUUUGUAAAGUUAGCAAAUAAAGUAAAUUUUGACUUUGACUUAAAUUAAGUGUCCUAGUCAGAGGAUGACUUAAUAUAAGUCGAAACGUCGACAUUUAAGUAAACAGGCUUCUGUUUUAUUUCUGACCCCACUCAACAACCCUCCGCAA